AUGGCUUUUAGAAGUAUAACUGAUAAAUUAUACGAGCUACAUAACGGUAAUUUUUUAAGGCUUAUAGAAUUAAUUACAAAGCUUGAUCCCGUACUUAAAGACCAUAUUUCAAUGAGUGCUCCUACAGUUGAAGGGACUAAAAGAAAAAAAAAUCACUUAUCACAUACCAUCCAAGAUGAAUUAAUAACAAAAAUGGCUGAAAAAGUUAAAUUUGAAAUUGUAAGUAAAAUAAAAAAAGCAAAAUAUUAUUCAAUCCUACUUGAUUGUACUCCUAACCACCAAGAGCAAUUAUCGGUAGUUCUACGUUUUGUUAUCACAGAAGCUGAGAUUAUCGAAAUUGAAGAACGAUUUAUAUGUUUUGAAAUUGUUGAUGAUAUACAGGCCAAAGUUUAUCUGAUAAAAUAA